GCGGAGGAAGCGGCAGCAGCAGCAGCAGCAGUAACAGCAACACACCGAGCCAAGGAGGACAAGGAGGGUUGGCCAUGUGGUAUUUGUUUGGUCAUGUGAAAGUGAAAGUGAUGCACCACAGGAUUGUGGGAGUGUUAAACUGAAGCAGAGAAGCAAUCAGCCCUCUCCAGAGUCCCCGAGGCAGCUUGAAGAAGCAGACAGGCUGACGUGAUGAGGUUCCCGGGAGAAGCUGCUCCCCUGUGGGCUGACAGCUGAUAGAGAGGAGUCCCUUCUCCUCCUCUCACACGCGCAGUCAGGAACAAACGAGGAGGACCAUGAACGUCAAAACCAGACCUAUUUGAAGAAAAACGUCACUCAGACCAACUGGAAGCACUGCCUGGUUGAACAUGCUUGUUUUUGGGUGUGGAAGAUGCAGCAUGUUUUUGAUAUCUCUUUUUGCUCUGCUGCUGACAUGAGCGGUGUGGCUUUUGCUACAUUAAAUGUCUGAGUAUUUCUUUUUUCACAUCGCUGGCUUUUGUUGCCUUGUCCUUGAAACUGCAUCAGCCAGGCUGUUCAAAAACAUCACAAUGACUUGAGUGCCUUUUGACUUUUUUUUUUUUUUCAAUCCAGUUGUCUAAAUGACACAAUUAAUUCAGCAAUGCUAACGUCCACAGUUUUCUGAUCCUGUUUCUUAGUUUCGGGGAAGUUUUGAUUGAUCACCUUUACUCACUGUCACAGAUAGCCAAAGGAAAGCAUAAGUACUAUGCACUGUUGUUGCUCACACAGAUCCUAUACAAAACCAUUAACCUCACAGGAAGAGAGGCAGUCAUAACAGCACCCAAACCCGGACGAAGAACCUCUCCCAUCGCUCUGUGUAGUCGUUUUUUAUUGAGGGGGUUCUGAGAGCUGCAGGGAUGUUUGCUUCCGUGGAGCAUGGCCCGGUGCUCUGUAGCGACUCCAACAUCCUGUGUCUGUCCUGGAAGGGCCGAGUGCCCAAGAGUGAGAAGGAGAAGCCGGUGUGCAGGAAGCGCUACUACGAGGAGGGCUGGCUCGCUACCGGGAACAGCCGGGGGGUCGUCGGGGUCACAUUCACGUCCAGCCACUGCAGACGGGACCGGGCCACGCCGCAAAGAGUGAACUUCAACCUCAGAGGACACAACAGUGAGGUGGUAUUGGUGCGGUGGAAUGAGCCUUUCCAGAAACUGGCCACAUGUGACACAGACGGAGGGAUUUUUGUAUGGAUUCAGUACGAGGGCCGGUGGUCUGUGGAGCUCGUCAACGACCGUGGAGCUCAGGUGAGUGACUUCACCUGGUCGCAUGAUGGAACGCAGGCUCUCAUCUCAUACCGUGACGGCUUUGUCCUGGUGGGCUCUGUCAGCGGACAGAGACACUGGUCUUCUGAGAUAAACUUGGAAAGUCAGAUUACCUGUGGAAUCUGGACUCCUGAUGACCAGCAGGUGUUGUUCGGCACAGCAGAUGGACAGGUCAUAGUCAUGGACUGCCACGGGCGUAUGUUGGCCCAUAUUCUGCUCCAUGAGUCCGAUGGCAUUGUUGGCAUGUCAUGGAACUACCCCAGCUUCCUGGUAGAGGACAGUAGUGAGAGUGACACAGACUCCGAUGAUUACACUCCACCCAAAGUGCACAGCCAGAAACCACUGCUGACAGUCAGCUUCACCUCUGGAGACAUCAGCCUGAUGAAUAGUUAUGAUGACCUCUCACCCACACUGAUCCGAACCGGUUUGAAAGAUGUUGUAGUCCAGUGGUGCUCUCAGGGUGACCUUUUGGCAGUGGCAGGGAUGGAGAGGACAGUCCUCCUCUCCCCUGACACUCCAUGUUCUCCACCCACCAAGAAUGCCAUUGUCAAGUUCUACAAUGUUAGAGGGGAUCACAUCUACACACUAGACACACCAGCACAGCGCCCCAUCACUACACUCUGUUGGGGUCACAGAGACUCGCGUCUGUUCUUGGCGUCAGGCCCGGCGCUUUAUGCAGUUCGAGUGGAUCACCGGGUUGCGGCGCUACAGCUUCUCUGCCAGCAGGUCAUCGCCACAGCCGUAAAGGAGGAGAAAGAUGUCGCCAAGCUCACCAUGCCUUCCCGGCUCUGUACCUACGUCACUGCUGCUUUCGCCCCCACCAUCAAGCCACCCAUCCCAGAUCCCAACAACAUGCGGGAUUUUGUGAGCUACCCGACAUCCGGGAAUGAGCGACUGCACUGUACCAUGAAGCGCACAGAGGAUAACCCGGAGGUGGGCGGGCCGUGCUACACUCUGUACCUGGAGUACUUGGGUGGUCUGGUGCCCAUCCUGAAGGGUCGACGGAUUAGUAAGCUGCGCCCUGAGUUUGUCAUUAUGGACCCCAAAACGGAUGGUAAAACAGAUGAGAUAUACAGCAACAGUCUGAUAUCAGCCAUGAUAGACAGCUGUAACUGCUCAGACUCCAGUGAUAUUGAGCUCAACGACGACUGGGUUGGCAAGAAAUCUCCAAAGAUAUCUAGAGGAAGCAAAUCUCCUAAACUUCCCAGGAUAAAUAUUGACCCCAGAAAAUCACCCAAGCUGUCUCGAACUACACAAGAAAUCUCUAGGUCGCCACGGUUACCCUUAAGAAAACCCUCGAUUGGUUCACCGAGUCUCUCACGGAGAGAAUUCCCUCUGGAUGACAUCAAUCAGCAAAAUUACCUCGCUCAGGUCACAUCCAAUAUUUGGGGAACAAAGUUUAAGAUAGUGGGACUGGCUGCAUUUUUACCUACCAAUCUCGGUGCAGUUAUCUAUAAGACCAGCCUCCUCCAUCUGCAGCCCAGACAAAUGACCAUCUACCUGCCUGAGGUGCGCAAAAUCUCCAUGGAAUACAUCAACCUGCCUGUUUUCAGCCCCAAUGUCUUCAGUGAGGACGAGGACGACCUUCCUGUAUCGGGCCCUGCUGGAAGCACUGACGACAACCCCCCAUGUACUGUAAACAUCCCUAUUGCCCCCAUCCACAGCCCUGCCCAGGCCAUGUCCCCUGCCCAAAGCAUCGGCCUGGUCCAGUCUCUGCUAGCCAAUCAGAACGUUCAGCUUGAUGUCCUCAGUAAUACGACAGCAGCUCCUUCUGGAUCAUCGGCCAGCGGUUCGGACCAAACCCAGGAUGCCAUCUUGACGACCCAGUACACCGUGCCCACCAGGUAUUCUAGUCCGGGUCAGGUCAUUUUUGGGGGGCUGGACGUAGGUCGGCUAAUGGUUGGACCACCGCUGACCCAUCAUCCAUCACAACAACAACAACAGAGUCAGCAGCAGCUUCUACAACAUCAACAAAUUCAGCACCAUCAACAGCAGCAGCAGCAGCAAAUACUCCAGCAGCAUCACCUACAGCAGCAGCAGCAGCAGCAGCACAUUCAACAGCAGCAGCAGCUUCAGCAACACAUACAGAUGCAGCAGCAUCAACAAAUGCAGUUGCAGCAACAGCAGCAAAUGCAUCACCAGCUACAGUCUCAACAGCACCAUCUUCAGCAUCAGCUUCAGAUCCAGAUCCCUGCUCCGUCCCUGUCACCGGGGCAACCUUCAGGAACGGCCCUGCACCAGCUGCAGCCGGGGGCCCUGCAGAUACAAAUCCCCCACCAGCCAGCCGAUUUAGUUGUUGACAGAACAGCGGGCGGGGAGCACGAACACCUGUUGAAGAUCAAAACCACUCGAUCAACGCCACAGUUAGCUGACGCUGAUACAGUUGUGUUCAGCGCUCCUUUGGAGCUCAGCAAAAUGAAUCCGCCGCCUCCUUACCCCGGGACUGUGGCCGCAGCGGUUGCCGCUGCUGCAGCUGCAGCUUCACCAUCAGCUUCCAACGCAGCUUCCAGCUCUUCGUCUGGAACAGAAGGGGGCGCUAGUGGAACUCCUCCCCCUAGCGAGCUCUGCGUGAAGAAGGGUGACUUCAAACUUUAUCCUCCAGGUCAGCAGCAACUACAGUACCCCACGCCUCUGGGCUACGAGAGGAUAACGACGUUUGACAGCAGCGGGAACGUGGAAGAGGUGUGUCGCCCUCGAACACGCCUCGUCUGCAACCAGAAUGUCUACACGCUCCAGGGACCUGGCAACUCUGCCACUCUCAGGGUCACUUCCUCUUCAUCCUCGUCUGCAGCUGACAAGAAAAUCCAGCUGCCCUACACCUCUGCUACGCUUAACAGACUCACCGCACCCCGCUACUCCAUACCAAGCGGAGACCCACCCCCAUACCCUGAUUCAGCCAAUCAGAGCGGAGCUGCUGGGAGGAAUCCGAACCAGCGACUCGACAGCAGCUUGAUCCAUGCCACCCUCAGGAGGAACAGCCGAGAGGCCGCGCUUAAAGUCUCCCAGAUGCUGGAACCGCCAAGGCCACUUCCUCCGAAAGCUAAAAACAGUCCACUAGCAACCUCCUUCCAGCAGAGGGUGCCAACAGCCUUAUACACGUGCAGCCAGUGCAGCAGUGGAUCAAGUGUUGGCGGUAGUGCUCCAGGGAGCGCUAAUGGGAUAGCAGGGGGAACGAUUAUCAGGCAAGAUUUCCCUCCAGGGAACGGCGCUCCACACAGCACAGUGAUAGUUCACUCCAGCAGCGCCGCCGCUCUGGCCUCCCAGUCCUCAUACAGCCUGAUGAGCUCACUGGAGGGGUCUGGGAGUGCAGCGGGAGCAGGAGGGAACAGAGACCGGGCUGAGUAUGUUAACUCAGCGUUUACUGAGGAUGAAACACUCAACCAGUCGCUGAGGCAUUUGGUAAUUGGAGGAAAUGAUGCAUCGGGGCUUGUCGUCAAACGCCCACCUCCCUACCAGUGGGACCCGACUGGCACAGAGGAGGUGUGGAUACCUCAAGAGAGGACAGCAAAUGUUCCCCCUGGAGCGCACAAGCCUCCGCCCCUCAUUCUCAGCCCGACUCAGCACUUGGAUGUUACCAGACUGCCUUUUGUUCUUUCUCCAAAGUCUCCCACCAGCCCCAGCGCUGCAUCAUUCCAGGCUGCAGCAGCAGCUACAGCCACAGGCUACCAAAUCUCUCUGCAGUACCCCCCAGCAGCAGCCUAUGCCGGAGCUCAGCUCCAACCCAUCCCAGGGUCGCCGCGCCCCUGCGCCUCCCCUAAGGAAGUUGUGGCGCCCGUGGCCCUCUCACAGCAGGAUGCGACCCUCGUCUUGUCGCCGGGUUACUCUCCAAACAUAGCGAACCUCGCCUGCUGUCCCCUUCCUCCCUUGUAUCCCGGAGGAAGUUCCUGUGCUGGAAUCCCCAUCCCUCCCAUUGCCCUUCACACACCGUGGGGAACGUACAACCCUUGUCCGCCUAUGCCCAGUCCUGCAGUGCCACUUCCACCCAAAGCCUCCCACGUGUCAGCAGACAAAAAUGUUCUCUCACCUCCUCCUCCACAGCCUCCACCACCACCAGCAGACCCACAGAGCCACGGGGCGUUACAGGAGACAAUGGCAGAGCCAGGGGACGCUUACCAGGAGGUGUUGUCUUUGACUGAGAGCCCCGUACCACAGCGGUCCGAGAAGUUCAGCAAGAAGAACCGCAAGCGGAUGGACGGCCGGGCCGAAGAGGCUAACGUGUCUCAGUUAGCCGAAGGCAGCAAGUCGAAGAAAGAGGGCAGGGCUCUGGGGGAUUUCAACUCGCUGAUCUCCAGCCCCCGACUGGGAGGAAGAGACAAGAAGAAACUGAAGGGGCAGAAGGAGCAGCAAAUGAAAGCGAAGAAGCUGAGUAAGGCCACGGCCAACAGUGAGUUCCAGGACAGUUCAGAAAGCGAGCCGGAGCUUUUCAUCAGCGGCGAUGAGCUCCUUAAUCAGUGCCAGAGCGGGAAAAAGGGAUGGAAAAGUAAAAGGAACCUGAGGGCAGCUAGCGAACUUGAUGAAAUAAAGUGCCGGAAAGCCAAUGAGAAGGAAGACAGAGGAUUGGGCAGCCAAGGGUUUGUGUAUGUGAUGGCCAACAAGCAGCCUCUGUGGAAUGAAGCCACACAGGUCUACCAGCUGGACUUUGGAGGCCGAGUCACGCAAGAGUCGGCCAAGAACUUUCAAAUCGAACUGGAGGGCCGGCAGGUGAUGCAGUUUGGUAGGAUUGAUGGUAAUGCCUACAUCCUGGACUUCCAGUACCCCUUCUCUGCGGUCCAGGCUUUCGCAGUGGCUUUGGCCAACGUCACCCAACGCCUCAAAUGAGAUGUCCCCUCCCAACACACCCCAAGUCAUCCCAUGAUUUUAAAUGCAGCCUGCUGAAGGAGCACAGUUGUUUGCUUUGGAGAUUCAUAGACUCUAAUAAACUCAGUGGAUUUUGGAGAAAAAGACUGAAAUCAACUGUGGUCAAUAGAUGGAAAUGCAAUCACACUGCACUACGCAAUGCUGCCACUAGACAUUGUGCAAUAAGCAUUGACUGCGUUUUUUUUAUUUAAACGCCAUUAGAUCUGCUCCGUUCUGAAUUCUGUGGCACCCUCCAAGCACGUAGGGCCAAAGAGCUGAGCUUGGGUUAUCAUCAUGCAAAUAAAUGCUGCUUUGGGUAGAAGAGGCUUUCUUAGAGAGACAGAUUGUCAAGGUGCAGUUUAAAAAAUAAAAGCAGCAGUAAUACUUGAAAACCACACUCUGGAGGUUAAAUUACAUUUUCCAGAGCGCACAGGUACUACUGGGCACUGAAAUCCAUUGCUGUACAAAACUUUAGUGAAACAGUUACUACUUUAUUAAACUGCUUUUGCUUAUAGUUUAUUAAAUGAGGUUACUUAGUGGAGGUUUUUGUUCUAUACCAUUCCUGUUGUUUCUAUCUCAGUCAGUUUCGGCUGGAUUUAAGGCUGAUAUAUGCAUCAUUUAGGAGCACUACUAAAAGUUACGACUUUUCACUGUUUCUGGAAGGAAAUAUCGGUCUUUAUCAAAUCUGCGUUUGAAGGAUGAAAACUGUCACCCUGCUACACUUAAUAAUUUAUAUGUACAUGUUGUUUAUCUUUCCAGACACAGAUUUUUUAAGAAAAUAUUGUUAUUGUUGAAGAUGUACAACCCUCAUACUUUUUCAUCCCAGUUUUUCUUACCGACUUUAUUUGGGGAGGCUGAAUUUAAAUAUUGCUGUACACUUGGAGUAUUCAGGUGGGAGCGGUUUACAGAAUAGCCUUGGCUGACAUAUCCUGUAAUUGGAUAUCUACAUAUGGUGACAGUGGCGCCAAAGACGUCGCCAAGGCCUCAAUUGAACAACUUAACCUCUGGCAUGAAGUGAUAAUGUCACCUGCUGUCACUUCUGUGAAGUGAGUACGUAUUUGGGGGCAGUCCUUGCUCUUUAGGACCACACUAAAACAUGUAAGCAUGGUACAGGAAAUAUUUUUGUAUAUUUCACCUAUGCCAUUUCAUAUUCUUCUCAGAAGGCAUGUAAAUAAAUUGGAGGUGUAAAUGUGAUAAAGAGACUUCGGCGACUCUGACAAGUUUACACCUCGGCUUCACUGUGUUUAAUUUCAGGUGUGGAGGGAAGCUGUAACACCGUAAAAUUACUGUUAAGCUAAAUCAUCGUCGUCACUCAGUUUAAUAAGACUACAUUGAAGAAUGAAGCUCCACUUCAUAAGCUGACUGUGCAAACUGAGAGACGGGUAAAGCUGUUUAAGUGUUAGCAAGAAUCAUUUACGGAGAUAAAGUCCAAAGGACAUAUAUGCAUUAAUUUCUGUUUAAGUACAAUAUCAGCUAAAGUCACCAGAAGCGUUUAGGUUUAAUAAAACAGUGAAGGUGCUGUCGGGCUAAACUCUUAAUUUGUGCCAAAAUAUCUACUCACAAUUUUACAACAGAUGCAGUCCAAAGGGGAAGAACCAAUUCUAUUUUGACCAUUGAAUUGAUGAUUUUAUUGCUUUUAAUAAGUGUGAUCUUUCCUGAUCUCAAAGAUGCAUGUUGGUCAUCGGUUGUAGAAAAAUGGACCGAAUGAAGAUAUUUUAAACCCUAUUACAAAAAAACAAGCAUGUCAUGACAAAAUCCUUUUUGUGUUAGCUGUGCAAUAUUUUGUAGGAGAAAAUUGUGUUUCUGUUGCUUUCAACCAUGUUUUGAUACCGUUCUUUUAGUUCAUUAUCUGAGAUUGCUGGUUUGUGCAUUUUUUUAUUUAUGAGAUUAUUUCCUGAAAGGAGGAAAAUAUCUAUACAUACCGUAUAUUGUGGAGUUUUCCCAAACUUUUUUGUGUUAAGUCUGUAAUGAGUGUAGCCCAGGUUGUGGGGUUGAUGAUGAGAACAGGCAUCCUAAUUUGAAGUUUGCUUUGGAUGAAAAAAUAAAGAUGUGAAUGAGUAAGUGCCCAGUUUAAUGUAGUUGGUAGACUAGUGUAAGUGUUAAGUCGAGGUGUGUUUGUGUUCAGCUGUGCAGUCUACCAAUCCCAUCAGUGUUAAAUCUAUUAUAUUUAAAUGUGUUCAUGGCUUCUACACAUUCAAACACAUUCUUCACUGAGUUGAUGUUCAGCAUUACUUAUGGACUCGGUUAGGGAUUCACUUUAAACCGAUGAUGAGCUGUUGUAGAUAUUGUAGGAUUUGACUUUUCUUUAGAAAAGAUCUGUGCUUUGUAUUUGCAGGUGUAGACUUAACUGACAAAAACACUUGAGUAUGGUGACUGAACGUUCAUAGUGGAUGGAUAGUAAGGCAUGCCAUGUAAAUUAUUUUAAAACUGUAUAUGUCACUCAUCUUUUUAAUAAAACUGUCAUUGU